AUGGAUAUCUCCAGCUCUUCCCUUCAGCUCCAAGACAGCGGUGCUUUCCUGUUCAACUGUGAGAACCUUCUAGAUCAGAGCUACGCCGUAUCAGAUGCGGGCUACUACAGCGCCUGCAGCAGCCUGUCUCCAACUUCGUCCGUAGACUCCUGCGGCUUCUCUCCUCCGGGACAGGACAUACCGCAGAUCUAUCCACACCAGGAGAAGAACAAGGUUCAGCAAGCCAAGAGAACCGGACGGCCAAGGUCAAAGUUCCCUGGAGUGAAACGGCAAACCGCAAGUGAACGGGAGAAGCUGAGGAUGAGGGAUCUGACCAAAGCUCUGCAUCACCUCAGAGCGUACCUGCCUGCAUCAGUGGCUCCUGUUGGAAAAACGUUGACCAAGAUCGAGACGCUGAGGCUCACUAUCCAGUACAUCUCCUGCUUGUCAGCUCAGCUCGAACUCGGUGAAGACGAGGCGAAGCGUGGAGCUCAGGCCGAGGUCAGCACCGCAUCAGCCGCCUUUGACGGCUUCACUGCGACUCCUUCGGUUACUCAAAUUUUACCAGCUCAGCAGUUCCCAUCUAUGACCUGUUAUCAGACUCAGAAUCCAGUUGAAGGCGAUUUCCUUUCAUUCCCAGCUCAGGAUUUUUGGCUUCUCGAGCAACACAAUUUCUUCCACGGACAGUACUGA